AUGGGUACUUCCAGUAAAGAAAAGAGUAAAGGAAUGAGUAAAAUUCCGUUUGGAAAGAGCGUUCUUACAGAGAAAGAUGUAGACAGAGGUAUAAAGGGCUUAAAAGGAGAUAAUGGAAUCAGUGGAGUAGCAGGCCCGAAUGGAACCACGGGGCUCAAAGGCGCUGUAGGACCGAAAGGAUCGAAGGGUAAUACAGGAGCCACAGGUCCCUCGGGCCCACCUGGUGCGCCAGGACCCAAGGGACCUAAGGGUGUCGAAGGACCCAAGGGUAAUCCUGGGAAUGCCGGAGAUACAGGCGAUGCUAAUGCAGUGAAGGGACAAAAGGGUGAUCCAGGCCCCACUGGAAUCGCUGGAAUCAGUAUCCCCGGAUCCACGGGGGAUAAGGGAGAAAAGGGGGGUGUGGGGGUAAAGGGCACUAAAGGGAACGUAACAAUAGGUGCUGCUGGGUCCAGCGGAGAUCAAGGCCCUAAAGGAGAUCCAGGAGAAAAGGGGGAACAAGGAGUCCAGGGAAAUAACGCCACCAAUUCUAACCCCCAACAGCAGCAGCAGCAAAACGGGGCCGGGUCUUUCCUGAUCAGCAUGUCCACCGCCAUAGGAGUGUAUUUCCUGGCA